AUGAAGCUGCUAUCCCUCAUCCUCUACAGGUGGCAGGAGGACAACAGCGUCGAGCUGGUGAACUGCGAAGAGCUGACCUCGUUCAGCUUUUUCCAUCGAGGGCCUCUUCGCGAACACAUCAAGUUCCACAGCCGCCUGAUCGCCACGCGCACUCCUCCGGGACAGCGACAAAGCAUUGACUUUGACCAGAACCUGGGUAAGUGCUACUCCUGGUCCCAUCCAGAGGCCGGUGGUUCGACAAUUACGGCCACUGUGCUCGUAGACGGUGAGUAUCCCAUGCGGGUGGCCUUCGCGCUGGCCGCGGAGGCGAUCCGCAUCCUCAGGGAGACUGUCCCGAAGGAUACUGUGGAGGCCGCUAAAGCCGACAUGGCGAUCAACUCGCCCGAGAUCCAGGCCCUCUUCGCGAAAUUCCAGAACCCAGCGGAGGCGGACAAGCUCACAAAGAUCGAGAAGGACUUGGAGGAGGGGCCUCCAUUGGUCUCUGGAUCUUGUGGCGGAAGGUACAAGGAGGAUCCUGCCGGCUGCAUUCGGAAGCAAGAGCUGCUUGUGGGCAAGAUCUUCUGGAUCAACUUGGCCGGUCGCCGCAUGGUUGUGGUCGGCUCCGAUGCAGAGGCCAUGAAGCAAGUGGCGAUGCAGCCUGCGACGGUGCUUUCGGCCCAGCGGGCCGUCGCCGAGAUCGGCUUUGAGUACCUCCUCGGCCCGGCAAAUGUUUACAGAGGGACCACCUUUCACAAGCGGGUUCUGAAGGAAGAGGUGAAUCCCAAAGCAAAGUUGGAGGCCCUGCUGCCCAUUUUUUCCCAGGCGCUGUCCCGGGCACUGGAUGACGAGGCAGGUGCUCUCAUGGGCCCUGGCACCACAUCAGACAGCGUCCUCGCGCAUCCUGACGCCUUCCACCUGGUUCGUCGAUGCAUCUUGCGUGCCACUCUGGAUGUCUUGGUCUCCCCGAGCCUCUUGCAUAGGGAUCCUUCGCUGCUGUCGGCACUCAUGACCUUCCAAGACCAUGUGGAAGAUGCAACUGCCAAGGCGGCAGUCCUCCCACGCCUUCUGUCCCUCCCCCUGUGUCUCUGGCCCAUGGCCCUCUCCAGGCGGCGCUUGGCCGGGCGCCUAAGGCGCCUGCUGGCAGGCGAUGCGCCAGAUGGAGGUCGUGGGCCCUGGCUUCGAGCCUUCCAGUCCGAGCAGGUUCCGCUCAAAGAUGCCGCCGAGUUUCUUAUCGGCUUGGUCUUCGCAGCACACAAGAACCCUGCGAUUGGCGCGGCGCAGUCCCUGUGUUUCCUGCGCUCCUUGGAUGGGGAGGUGCAGGAGGCUGCGACGGCCGAGGCCACGAAGCUGCUGGCUGCCAUGGGCCAAGAGCGUGGGGCUGAGGAAGCACUGCUAGCAGCGACCACGCUGCGCAAGUGCGUGCUUGAAACCAUGCGAGUGACCGCACAUACCCUGGGAGCCCUGCGCUACGCCAAUGCGCCGCUGCAGAUUGAGACCCGGACCUCGCAGGUCACCAUCCCCCAAGGAGCAACAAUUGCUGUUGCGCACAACUCCACUCACACUGAUACCAGGGUGUGGGGUUCUGAGGCAUCGGAGUUUCGACUGGACAGGCCUGAGUGGGCACGACAUGAGGACAUCUCAUCUCCGGUGGAUCCGUACAAGCUGACAACCUUCUCUCAGGGAGUCCACAAAUGCCCGGGCGAAAAAUUUGCGCUGGCAGUUAUGCAGAUGAUGAUGGCCAUUCUGCUAGCCAGGGACAGCCGACUGGUUCACGUGCCGAAGAUUUCGUUCGAACGCGCCACUCUGGCCCAGCGCGAAGGGCCAGUGCCCGUCACUCUUCGACUCCAGGCACUCGCGUGA